AUGGUUGCGGUGCUUCAACAUGCGGGGGUGGUGGCGGAGGUGAGCGUGCCGGUGCCGCGGGAGGCGGAUGAGCCCAAGGACGGGCGCAGGCGGCGCUUCUCGGAGCGAUUGGUCACCGGAAGCUGCGCCAAAGUGAUCUUCGCAGGAAGACAUGGCUAUCCGGGUGUGGAGCUUUGGUUGCCAGAGGCGGCGCUGGAGGAGGUGUCCCCGCACCCGCGGCUCCGGGAGUUGCUGUCCAACUUCGAGCGGGCGGAAGUGGCCUUGCAGCAAAAGCAGCAUCAGCUGGAGCUGGCGCAAAAGGCCUUCGCUACACAGUUGAAGGAGUGGAUGGACUGA